GCACGUUUGUCCUGAAUGAGUUCUGUGUUUAGCCUGGGUCGUAGCUUGGCUUGACAAGUUUACACCUACAUAUGGACCACGCUGACAGAUUUAAGUAUUGAAUGCAUGGAUCUCAUUUAUCGUUUUGGGAUUUAACCUUUUGACUAAUGUAGGGGAGUGAGAAGUUUGCGUUUUCACGUGAUUUCGUGUCUGUUCAGUCUUCAUAGAAAAGCCAGACAGACAGAGGAGUAAAGAUGAACUCUCUUUCUUUUGACGAUCCAACUCUGGAUAACUUGGAUCCAACGAUUUCACUCAAUUCGCUACAUGACCCCAGCGACAUUGACACGGCCCUUUUAAGCGAUAUCGAUGAUAUGCUAAAGCUUAUCAACAACCAGGAUAUGGAGUUUGAUGGACUCUUUGACAACCAACCAUACACAGGAGCUCCAUCGACCCAUGAUCUCCCUGGUCUUACCCAACCCAUCACCUCAGCUGCUUCACUGACCACUUCAGCUGUCCCGACAACUUCCCAAUCCUCCAUCCUUAGCAGUAGUCCACAUUUGGAUGCUCUGCUGGGGCCCCCCAUCACUCGUAGUUCCUCUACACCAGAUAAGACCUUCCAGCCUGCCACCUUCCAACAAUCCCCUCUGGCCCAGGUCUCCAGCAGCACUGGCACAAGACAGCAGCAGCCGACCACUCCACCACAGCCGCAGAAUGCCAGGCAGGCCAAGGCAGAGCAGCCCCUGCCAGCCCUUAGUCCAGCCCUCCCUGUGCAAGUGGCUUCACCACCUCAAGGUGUACCACAGAAGAGUGCAGCUCUGAACGCUUCCCCUCCACCUCCGGCCCUGUUCUCCCCCACUGCUCCUCAAACACAAGUUCAGUCUCAGCAGACUCAUCCUGUCAGCUACACAGCAUCUAGUCCUGGGAGUGCAAGUCCUUCGGCCGCGAUUUUGUCUUCAUCACCUCCAAUAGCAAUUCAACCUCAAAUUCAAGGAAUAGCCACCACGUCUCCCAUUUUGACCACCUCAGGAAGCCCACCUGUACAAACCAUCACACCCCAUGUACAGCAAGUACCUGUGCUACUGCAGCCUCAGUUCAUUAAAGCAGAAUCCUUGCUUCUGACCACUCUGAAGCAUGACCCUUGUAUGGUCACUACUGUAGCAUCACCUACAUCUUUGGCCACAACAACUUCAGUGCAGACUACUCCUAUUCAAGCUUUUGUGGGUGGAGGCACCUUUUUGACUACAGUUCCUGUUAUGGUGGAUACGGAGAAACUGCCAAUAAACCGGAUAGCUAUCAGUGGCAAACCAAAUGGGCAACCUCACAAGGGAGAAAAACGCACUGCUCAUAAUGCCAUUGAGAAGCGGUACCGGUCAUCGAUCAAUGACAAAAUUAUUGAGCUUAAAGAUUUGGUUGCCGGUACUGAGGCCAAGCUUAAUAAAUCUGCAGUGUUGAGAAAAGCUAUUGACUACAUCAGAUACUUGCAGCAGGCUAAUCAGAAACUCAAGCAGGAAAACAUGGCUCUAAAAAUGUCAGCCCAGAAAAACAAAUCUCUCAAAGACAUCGUUGCUAUGGAGGUUGAUGGACAUGCUGAUGUGAAAACGGAGCUACCCACUCCUCCAGCUUCUGAUGUGGGAUCCCCCUCCUCUUUCUCACACUGUGCCAGUGACUCGGAGCCUGACAGCCCAAUGGGCGAAGACACAAAGCCAAAUGUGGGUACGCUGGGUCAGUCUGCAGGUGGAGGUGUUGGUGGCAUGUUGGACCGCUCCCGUAUGGCCCUGUGUGCGUUCACCUUCCUCUUUGUCUCCAUGAAUCCUUUGGCUUCCCUUUUCUGCACCGGUACAUCUGCCAGUACUGGCACGAGCAGCAGCCCUCACACAGGAGGCAGGGGCAUUCUGGGCUUAGACAGUACAGUGGACUCUUUGGGCUGGAUGGACUGGAUGUUGCCCACUCUGCUGGUGUGGUUGCUGAAUGGCAUUUUGGUGUCAGGGGUUCUGAUCCGACUCUUAGUCUAUGGAGAACCUGUAACCAGACCACAUUCUGGGUCAUCUGUCUUAUUCUGGAGGCACCGCAAACAGGCAGAUCUGGACCUAGCAAGAGGGGAUUUUGCUCAGGCCAGUCAAAACUUGUGGACCUGUCUUAAAGCUCUUGGUCGGCCUUUGCCCACCUCUCAGUUGGAUUUGGCUUGUGCUGCCUUGUGGUCACUGUUGCGUUUUUGCCUCCAACGCCUUUGGGUGGGCCGUUGGCUGGCAGCUAGAGCUGGAGGGCUGCGGUCUGACCGCCCCCUGCAGGAGGAUGCUUGCAAAAGCAGCCGUGAUGCUGCACUGGUCUAUCACCGCCUGCACCAGCUUCACAUGACGGGUAAACUAAAUGGCAGUCAUCUCUCAGCUAUCCACAUGGCUUUGAGUGCAGUGAAUCUUUCAGAGUGUGCUGGCUCAUGCCUUCCAGUUGCCACACUGGCUGAGGUCUAUGUAUCUGCUGCUCUACGGGUCAAAGCCAGCCUGCCAAGGAUACUACAUUUUACUUCACGUGUGUUCCUGAGCAGUGCUCGUCAGGCUUGUCUAUCGUCCAGCGGCAGUGUGCCCCCGGCUAUGCAGUGGUUAUGUCACCCACUUGGUCACCGCUUCUUUGUGGAUGGUGAUUGGGCCAUUCGCAGCACUCCUAAAGAAAGCAUUUAUAGCCAAGCUGGCAAUACAGUGGAUCCUUUAGCUCAGGUGACACAGGCCUUUAGGGAGCAUCUCCUUGAAAAGUCCCUCUAUUGUGUAGCUCAGCCUCGAGGAGAGAAAGGGCCAAGCCAUGGAGAGGGGGAGUAUGCUGAUGCCCUGGAAUACCUGCAGCUGUUGAUGAGUGCAUCAGACGCGGCUGGUGCCACUACACAAUCCUUUGCUAUUGGAUCCAACAUGGCUACUGUAACAGGAUGUGAUCCUCAUUCAAAAUGGUGGUCCUCAAUUGCUGUGGUGAUCAUCAACUGGUUACAGGGAGAUGACUCUGCUGCAGAGCGACUGUAUCCAACAGUUGAGCACCUGCCUCGCAGUCUCCAGAACGCAGAAAGUCUGCUACCCAAAGCAUGUCUAAAUACCUUCAAAGCGGUGCGUGCACUCCUGUCCAAACCUGAAAACUGUCAGCUGAGUUUAAGCUACAGUGACAAGGCCAGUGCCCUGCUCAGAGACAACCUCAACCUGGGACCACACAGCCACAGUUCCAGUAUAGACAAGGUUGUCCAGCUAUUGCUCUGUGAUCUGCUAUUGGUGAUGCGAACCAAUGUUUGGCAGCUGCAGCAGCAACAGCAGCAGCAAGGGGUGCCUACUGUAGGACCCACAAAUGUAGGUCCCAGCUGUCCAACAGGGGGCGUGCAGCAGGCCUCACAUCCUGAGCUCCAAGGCUUUCAACAAGACCUCAGUUCUCUGCGGAAGUUGGCUCACAGUUUCAGACCUGCCAUGCGAAGAUUAUUCAUCCAUGAAGCCACAGCCAGACUGAUGGCAGGGGCGAGUCCCACACGCACACAUCAGCUGCUGGAUCGCUCACUACGACGCAGAGCAACGCCAGGAGCCAAGACAGAAGAGUGUGAGACACGGCCUGGCCAACGGGAGCAGGCGGAGGCAGUCCUGUUGGCAUGCCGAUACCUCCCCCCUUCGUUCCUGUCAGCCCCAGGCCAGAGGGUCGGAAUGCUGGCGGACGCAGCCCGCACCCUGGAGAAGCUGGGAGACAAGAGGACGCUCCAUGACUGCCAGCAAAUGAUCAUCAAACUGGGGAGUGGCACCACUGUCACAAACAGCUAAGAAGGACCAGAGUGUUCAGACACAUCCAAACACCAACGCAGGACAAAGACAAAACUUUCUGGAUUCACAAUGUGCAGCUAUAAAUCACUUGUAUCAAACUGGAAAGAUUACAUCAACAGUUUGUUUCUCUGAUUUUUGGUCUGCAGCCUGACCUAAGGCACUUACCCACAUUUGUCCAUUGUUCUGCUGACUUUUUUAUGAAGAGACACAAUCACAAUCUCCUCUACAGUACAACAGCUCCUCUGAUCUUAUUGGUUGUAUUAUUGUGAAAGAACUGUCCAAAGUGUAUUACAUACAAACAUAUUGGGUCAGAAACAGUUUAGUUUAGUCAUUGGAAUCAUUUGCAUCCUGCUCAUUCAAGCCCAAAGUCUCUAUCUGCACUAGCCUCCAGGGGCUCCUUUCAAAGACUUGUAAUAAUGAGUCUUCUGUUUUUGUGGCGUGAUGUGUACAUAUUUUAAAAAUGUAUUUAUAUCUUUGAUUCAAUUUGCAGUAUUGUGACAUAAGCAAGGUGAUAAAAACUUAUCCCAUAAGCGCAUAUUAUAAUUAUGUAGCAUUUGGCAAGGCUCCUUUUAAUGUCAUUGUUAUGUUAUAAUGCCCACGAGCAUUCACAGCAUCAGGCUAUCAAGGUGACCUUUGUGCAGCUUUGGCCAAUUCUCUUGACCUUUUGCGGUGCUGCUCAUUGAUGCUGUGAGAUGUUGGCAGCCUCUUCAUCAAAGUGUGUGGCAUUGGUGGUUUCAAGUACCCUAAACUUUUUCUCGAAAUUGAGCGUGCAGUGAAAUUUCAUUUCAGAUUUAUGUUUGUAGCUCUUACACUAAGAGUAGUGCUUUCUCUUACAUUUGUUUAGUUCAACACUCUUAGUAAACACCUGUUUUUAAAGGUCUUUAUAAACAAGUCCUGAACCGGGAUGUUCAGUAUGAGCCUGGUAAAGAGACUGAUACUGUAAAUGAAAUGUGAGAGACAUGGCAAACGCUUGUUGUAUAAUUGGCAUCUUUCUUCACAUACUUGCUUACUAUGUAAAUAUUAAAAUAUUUUGUAACAAAA